GCUAGGGUUUCUAAGCUUCUUCUUUCUUCAAACGCCGCUGCUCGUGAGAAAAACUCGUUAAACCGGAGAGAGCUCAGUUUUGAUCUCGGGAGGAAUCUCAGCAGCCAUGGCGGAGAAAGCAGUCACCAUAAGGACAAGAAAGUUCAUGACCAACAGACUUCUCUCUAGGAAGCAGUUUGUUAUUGAUGUUCUUCAUCCAGGAAGAGCCAAUGUUUCAAAGGCUGAGCUAAAGGAGAAGUUGGCAAGGAUGUAUGAGGUUAAGGACCCAAAUGCAAUCUUUGUUUUCAAAUUCAGAACCCAUUUUGGAGGUGGUAAAUCUUCUGGGUUUGGUUUGAUCUAUGACAAUGUUGAGAGUGCCAAGAAGUUUGAGCCCAAGUACAGACUCAUCAGGAAUGGACUUGACACGAAGAUUGAGAAAUCAAGGAAACAGAUUAAGGAGAGGAAGAACAGAGCCAAGAAAAUCCGUGGUGUUAAGAAGACCAAGGCUGGUGACCCCAAGAAGAAGUGAGGUGUUGAAUAGAGCAGCCAGCUGGAAGAAGGGUUUUAACCUUGCAUUAUCCUUUGCUAUUAGACCUCUUCUAAUUUACAUCUCGAUUUUGUUGUUGUCACUGUCAACUCGUUCUGUCUCGGUUUGGAUUAUGUUUUUAGGUAACCAUGAUCUAAGUUUUUGCUGAAUACAUUCAUUUAAACUUCUGUCUCCUUGAAAAUCCUUUGCUGAAUACAUCGUAGCUUGCACUAAUACCAUGUUAGAAACCUGAGAUGAAUUA